CCCCCUCCCCACUCCGUGUAAAGAUGGAGUGUGUGUGUGAGUGAAGCAGUUGAAUGCGGAUUGUUCCCGAACAGUCAUGAAGAACCAAUAUACAUAGAAGGCGAGUGCCUCUGAAAGAAACCAUAAUGGAAAAAACGUGGAAGUCAUGGACAUAUGUCAGGAGGUGGCUGAUUGCUUUGAUUUCAUGGUCUUGGAGUUUAUGCCGGAUUUCUCUGCUAGCUUUGAUUUUAACCUUCCAUCUAUAUGGAGGGAUCCUUUUGCUUGUCUUGAUAUUUGCAUCAGUGGCAGGCAUUUUGUACAAGUUCCAAGAUGUACUCCUCUACUUCCCAGAGCAACCACCCUCCUCACGUUUGUACAUUCCCAUACCUACUGGGAUCCCACAUGAGAACCUCUUUGUUAAAACCAAGGAUGGAGUUCGACUCAAUUUGAUUCUGUUGAGGUACACUGGAGAUAAUGCAUCAUAUUCACCAACCAUAAUUUAUUUCCAUGGAAAUGCAGGUAAUAUUGGUCAUAGGAUCCAAAAUGCUCUGUUGAUGAUGGUGAAUCUGAAAGUUAAUGUAUUACUUGUAGAUUAUAGAGGAUAUGGCAGGAGUGAUGGGGAACCGAGUGAAAACGGCCUUUACUUGGAUUCAGAGGCUGUAUUGGACUAUGUCAUGACGCGACCAGAUCUUGAUAAAACAAAAAUAAUCUUAUUUGGUCGCUCGUUGGGUGGAGCAGUGGCUAUUCAUCUAGCCUCCGAGAACCCACAUCGUAUUUUUGCCAUAGUUGUUGAGAACACAUUCCUCAGUAUCCCACAUAUGGCCAGCACUUUGUUCUCCUUCUUUCCCAUGAGAUAUCUACCACUCUGGUGCUACAAGAACAAAUUUCUGUCCUAUAACAAGAUUGCACAGUGCAGAAUGCCUUCUCUUUUAAUUUCUGGAUUGUCAGACCAGUUAAUUCCACCAGUUAUGAUGAAGCAACUUUGUGAACUGUCUACAUCACGGACUAAAAGAUUAGUAAUAUUUCCAGAUGGAACUCACAAUGACACUUGGCAGUGCCAGGGCUACUUUGCUGCUCUUGAACAAUUCAUCAAAGAGUUAUUAAAAAGCAGUUCACAUGAGGAAAUAAAAACCACAUCUAAUGUAACAAUAAUAUAACUUCUGUAUUCUUAUGUAACUUUUAAAUCUGUAAGCAAGUGAAAGACGAGCAUUGAGUUGCAAAGUCCUUAUUUGCUAUCUUAUCACCAAUUGUUGAACAUUUUUACCUGUUUUAUUGCAUGGGAAAAAAGUAUACUAUAUUUCAUAAAGAGCUUUGGUGAUCUGAUCAGCUGAGUUCAAUAUUGUAAAGUAAAAUUUAUUUCUUUUGUGUGUGCAGUGUAUGUGAUUAAUUUAACAAUAUCUCCUCCUGAAUCCACAUUUUAUUUAAAUUUUCUAUGUACGAGUUGAAUGUUGCAAUUAAGUCCCAUUACAUGCGACAGAAUUGUCAGUAUAGCACACACAUUGUAGUUUUCAGUUUUCGAAAAUAAUUGCAUGUAGACUACAAGCUGUAAACUUCAGGCCAGUUUAUCUUGAUCAUUCAUAGAAUAACUUCAUUUCAGGGCAUUACUUUGAUAAAAUAAAUUAUGAAUUAUUAUAAAAUAUUGAAAAAUUAUAGAAUUGAUUAUGCGUUUUGAAAUGUUAUUUUUCAUCAACUGUGUUGCUGAUUUUGUUUUUCUUUAUGAUUGGCAUAUGUUCCAGAUCCUAUGCUUUAGACCUCAUUUAAAAUCUGGCAUUUGGAACUGUUGUUAAAUUUAACUACCUAAUGUGAAUAGUUUGAAAAGUUAAUUUCUCUCUAACUUUUGAGUAGGCUAAAUUGGUAUGGAUUCUUCUGGAACUAAAUUGACAGACAACUGAUACAGUUUAAAAAAAACAUGACUAGUGAGAUGCACAAUGAUGCAUAAAUUAUAAGUUGAUAGCAAAAAGACAUUUUCUGUGUAUUUGUUCUUAUAAGAUUUGUUCACUGUGUUAGACUUAGAUGCAGACUUAAUUGAUAUGCUUUUAAGCCAUGUGUUUGUUUUAGCUUUGGAUUAGUUCUGCCAUUCACAAUAUAAAGUGUCAUUUUUCCCCUUGUUUCUGAUUCCACACAUUUGCUGUUUUUUUUUAUCAGCUACUCAUUUCCUUCACCAAGAUCCUACAAUGGCCACAAAGGGCUUCAUUACACAGAACCAAAGUACUAAGUACUGUACUAUUUUUAUACAUUUAAAGCUUCAUUGAAACACUCAACCUUCUAAGAGAUUAAAUCCAGGAAUUCUUGUUCAAAACUGCUAUUCCACACAGCAUCUGUGAAAAAAUAGUAUUAUACAGCCAAAUUGUGUGUUUUUAAAUAUAUUACAUCUGGAAAUUUACAAAAACAGGAUGAAAUCUUUCUUCUAUUUUGUGUACCAAUUCCAGUGAAAUGAUGUUCACUUGUGCAAAAAUCUUGUAACGUGCAGAGUUUCUUGUCUUUUAAAAAAAAAUGCAAGUGAGAAUUUCAGUCACAGCUUUGAUAACACAUGAACAUUUAAUUGUCAAGAUUUCUCUGUUUUAAAGGGUGAGCUUUUUGAUGCUGCUGUUAUCAAAUAAAGACUUUGACCCUUACUUGCAUCCUACUCUGGGUAAAGUAUGUCUAAGUCAAAUGCAUAAUAAGCAAGCGUAAGUUGCGAAAAACUUUCCUGUUGACGAAAGUCUUUUGGAAUGUGCUUUUGGUGCUGUCUAGUGAGAAACAAGGCAUGUCUUUGCAUUCAUUUCUAUUGUGAUAACUGUUUAAAAUGUACAUUGUCUGUUUUUACAUCUAUAUCUGUGUAACUAAUGGCCAUCAACCUCUGAAUGAUGUGAAUUAGAAAACCUUAUGAGAUACAACAUUUUUACUGUCGAUCAGAAGUUUAACCUGCAUCGUGCAAUAAUGUCCUUCAACUUCUGAUCAGUUUAAAAAGUGUUAUGAUCAGUGAAGAAAAGUGAUUUGAAGCCAUUUCUCUGACUUGUAAUGGCUAUUUUCAUUAAACACAGUUCAAAGGGCAUCAACGAAGUUUCAGUCAGUUACUACUGUAUUGCUAAACUUAAAUAAUUUAUCAUUAGUACAUGCAAUGCAGGAUACAAAAUAUGACUUACUUGAAAAUUUCAGAAUGGUUCUUCUAGUUCUGCAGAAGUAUUUUUGUCCCAAUAAUAAAUGUUUCUCAACUGAUGCUCAUAACUGUUCUCAAGCUUUCAGCUGGCCUGGUUUUUCAUUCAUAUUUCUUUAUCUCAGUUCUGCCAAGACACAUUUCUCUAUAAAAGUGCACAAAAAGUUGUUGAUCAUGGCAAUAACAUCUUUAGUGUAGUGAAGAACCAAAAGAAAUGGAUUAUUUGUGAAGUUUAGCAAAGCUUGAAACCCAUGCUUUUACCUGCCUAAUUCUUGGCACGGUCUGUAUUACAAAAGUUUCUGAUCCUGUACAUUCAUUAAUAAACCUUUUUGUCUUUGCA